ACGAUAUACACACGCUGUCGUUGCAUUUGUCAUUUUCCGGUCGUCAUUUCGUUCGUACGCGCGAUAUUUUUAGCAAGUGUGUAACUAGGCUUUGCUUCGGCUGGAAAUCAUCUAGAAAUUGUGCUUUAAAUUGAAAACAAAAGAAAUUGCUAAAAUGACCGACAAGCAGCAAGUUGACACUGAGAUGAAUGGCGAGGAUUUCACCAAGGACGUGACUGCCGAUGCGCCAAGUACCACCGAAAAUGGCGAGGGCAACGCCGCCGGUUCGACUAAUGGCGCCUCUGAAAACCAAUCUGGAGCAUCCGGCCAGCGCGAUGACGACAGAAAACUGUUUGUGGGCGGCCUUAGCUGGGAAACUACGGAAAAGGAGCUGCGCGAUCAUUUUGGCAAGUUUGGUGAAAUCGAAAGCAUCAAUGUUAAGACAGACCCACAGACCGGCCGUUCCAGAGGCUUCGCCUUCAUUGUGUUCACCACCACGGAAGCGAUCGACAAGGUCAGCGCCGCCGAGGAGCACAUCAUUAACAGCAAGAAGGUCGACCCCAAGAAAGCUAAGGCCCGCCAUGGCAAGAUCUUUGUAGGUGGCCUUACAACGGAGAUUACCGAUGAAGAGAUCAAGACCUACUUUGGACAGUUUGGCAAUAUCGUUGAAGUCGAGAUGCCAUUUGACAAGCAAAAGUCUCAGCGCAAGGGCUUCUGUUUCAUCACCUUUGAUGCGGAGCAGGUGGUCACGGAUCUGCUGAAGACGCCAAAGCAAAAGAUUGCUGGCAAGGAGGUGGACGUUAAGCGGGCCACGCCUAAACCAGAAAACCAGAUGAUGGGACCACGCGGUGGUAUGCGCGGUGGAAUGCGUGGCGGACGUGGAGGCUUCGGACGAGGAGGCUACAACAACCAAUGGGACGGCCAGGGCUCCUAUGGCGGCUAUGGUGGAUACGGUGGAUAUGGUAGCGGCGGCUAUGGCGACUACUAUGCCGGCGGCUACUAUAAUGGAUAUGACUACGGUUAUGACGGCUACGGCUAUGGAGGCGGAUUUGACGGUAACGGCUACGGCGGCGGCGGUGGCGGUGGCAAUAUGGGAGGUGGUCGCGGUGCCGGCGGACCCCGUGGUGGCGGCCCGAAAGGCAGCGGUGGCUUUAACGGUGGCAAGCAGCGCGGCGGUGGACGCCAGCAGCGGCAUCAACCCUAUUAAACGGGAGGGGGCAUGGGCAUUGGGUAUUUCGCAUUCUUCGGAUAACUGCAAACUAUUUGAAUUUUACUUAGUUUAGUUUGUUAUGGCAUUACUACAAAAUCGACAUAAACACAUACGGACACAAAGGGCACACGGACAACGAAGGAGUAACCGCAUAUAUACAAAACUGUAUAUAGGAACAACCAAAACAAACGGAUGGGACUAGCGUCGGGAUGAUUGCAUUAAAUAGAUUGUCUGCUGGCUGGGAGCAACUAUUUAAACCGCAGCUACCUUUACGCAUUUUUACACACACACUUUCUGUGUGUGUAGCACCAUUCCAAAUCAUACGGCGGAUGAGCAUUCAACAACAACACACCAGCAUCAGCAGGAUUAUCAUCAAAUAGAAGCAGCAACCGAGUCAGUUGGCAGAACAACUGAAGCAACUGAAGCGUCAUUAAGAAAUACAGACCUUUAGUUAGGCCUAGACACUUGUAAUUUUUCAGCAAGUGGCUAAUUUUUCAUAGCCACACGCUUAUUAACCCAUCAGACCACCCACUACUCAACCAACCAACCAACCAACCGCCCACCAAAACCAAGACAACCUUGCCUAGAUGUUAGCAUACAACAUUUACCAAACUAAAUGCCAUGCCCCACGCUCACGUUGUCUGUGUGUCGAAACUAAUUUGUUUUUCUAAUGUAGUCCCAUAAGUUUUGCGAGGUAAUUGUUUAACAUGUCAGCAGCACAGGGAAAAUACGAAAGAAGCAGAGAAAAAAAAAACAACUUAAGAACAACAUAACAUUAAAAAACAAAA